GAUUUAGCAGAUGUAUUGGACAAGAGUAAUGAAUUCGGCGUCAUCGUGUUUACUUUUGGCUCUUUGAUUUCCAUGAAUACACUACCUGAAGAUGUAUUAGAUGCGUUUAAAAUCGUAUUUAGUCAACUUCCCCAAACGGUUAUUUGGAAGUACGAGAACGAUUACAUGCCCGACAAGCCAGAAAAUGUGGUGUUGUGUAAAUGGUUACCACAGCGCGCUAUAUUACAGCAUCCCAAUGUGAAAUUGUUCAUAAGUCACGGUGGGAUGAGUGGAGUGUACGAAGUUGUAGACGCGGGAGUUCCAGUUCUUGGGAUACCAUUGUUUUACGACCAACCGAGAAACAUUCAAAAUCUAGUGGACCUCG